AGCUUGUGGGUCCUGUACGUGCCCGUUACCAGUCAAAGGUGGAAAUGUGUGAAGGCGUCGAUCCGUACAGGCUACAUAUCGGUGUAGAUACUACGUCGGAGGUUGAUCUACUGCCUGCUACUACACAUGUCGACACAAUCAACUACCUCGUGCUGUCUACAAGCUCCGUCUCACUCCAGCAGAUGAAGGCGUACAAGUCAUUAGAAGCCCAUAAUUACUUUACGAGCGGCUGGGUGCGAAGUCUGACGUCGAAACAACUACCGUCUAAACGGAUCGUCGUGCUCGGCGAGGUCGACCAUUCUCAGCGUUUGCGAGAGUCGCCACUGAAAGCUUGGAUUUUGGCCAACUCCGACGGUAGCAUCAUCACCGCCCACUGCAACUGCAUGGCAGGUGCAGGUGAGGCCUGCUCACAUGUUGGUGCCAUGCUUUUCGCUGUUGAAACUGCAGUACGUUUGAGGGACUCCAGGACAUGCACAGAGAAAAGUAACGCGUGGCUCCCUGCACAGAGACUUACCACAGCCUUUAAGAGACUUCGUGAUAUUGACUUUUCUUCGUCCAAGAUGAAAAAGAAAAAUGUGGAGAGGAUUCACUUGGCAAACCUUCACCCAACAGUAAAAAAAAAAAAAAAAAAAACAGAUGACUGUCCUCCACGGGUACCACCGCCUGCUCCAACAGAAAACGAACUUGAAGAGUUCUAUUCCAGAAUUGCGGAUAGUGGAGCUAGACCUGUAAUAUUCAUGGUCCACCCUGUGUGCAGUGAACUGCUUGAACCGCCACGCAUCAAGGAGCCACGUCUUCUUCGGGGCUUGCAAUGUGAAAAAGCACGAUCAGAAGAUAUGGAGGCAUUGCUUCUGCGUGCUAAUAGUUUCCUGUGUGAACUUGUCAUCACAGAAGAUAUGGCUGAACACGUCGAAGCUACUACAAGGCUCCAAUCAAGGUGUCCGAAGUGGUAUGCAUACCGUGCUGGUCGCAUUACAGCUUCCGUCAUGAAAAGUGUCUGCUCAACGAGCAUAACACGGCCUUCAAUGAGCCUGGCCAAUUACACGUUCCACGUGGAUCCUUACAUUGGCAAGCUUUCUUGUGUUUUCAACUUCUAA